AUGGCACACCAAGCUCACUCCUAUCACUUAGUAGACCCCAGCCCAUGACCAAUUUUUGGCGCUGCUGCCGCUCUUCUAACGACCUCCGGACUAAUCAUAUGAUUCCACUACAGCUCGAUGCAUCUCCUAACCCUAGGCCUACUAUCCAUACUAUUAGUAAUACUACAAUGAUGACGAGAUAUUGUACGAGAAAGCACCUUCCAAGGACACCACACUCCCACAGUCCAAAAAGGCCUACGAUACGGGAUAAUCCUAUUCAUCACAUCCGAAGCAUUCUUCUUCCUAGGUUUCUUCUGAGCCUUCUUUCACUCAAGCUUAGCCCCUACCCCCGAACUAGGCGGACUAUGACCCCCUACAGGAAUCAAGCCCCUCAAUCCCCUAGAAGUACCCCUCCUUAAUACCGCAAUCCUCCUCGCCUCCGGAGUCACCGUAACAUGAGCCCACCACAGCAUCACUGAAGGAAACCGAAAGCAGGCGAUCCACGCACUAUCCCUAACAAUCCUACUAGGCUUCUACUUCACUGCCCUCCAAGCUAUAGAAUACCACGAAGCUUCAUUCUCAAUUGCCGAUGGCGUCUAUGGUUCUACAUUCUUUGUAGCCACAGGGUUCCAUGGACUGCACGUUAUCAUCGGAUCCUCCUUCCUCACCGUCUGCCUUCUACGACUUAUUAAAUUCCACUUCACAUCAGGACACCACUUUGGAUUUGAAGCAGCAGCCUGAUACUGACACUUCGUAGACGUCAUCUGAUUAUUCCUCUACAUAACCAUCUACUGAUGAGGAU